ACAGAUAUUUUUGCCCGAGCAGUAAUUCAUGUGUGUGACGAUGAGUUACCUGUUGCAAAUUUGGAGUGGAAUCCCCGAAGAAGCUUGUACCUGUGCAUGCAGUCAGCUAAAACUGCUGAGUACAAGUGCCCCAAAUGAGGAGAGGCAUUGACAUAAAAGAUGGGGGUGGUAAUGUAGUAGCUUCCUUCUUCUUUGCAAACAUCGUUGCUAGCACGUCUGAUCCUCUGAGUGCUCCACUGAGCAAAAACUGGUGCUAAAAAGACGCCUCGUUGCAGUCUGCGUAAAGACUGCAGAAUAAAUGUCCUCAUGUUUGGAUGGUAAUGUUUUGCUAAACGAUACUUAUUCAUUUGGCUAUCUUAAGGACACGAAGAGCGGAUAUAACGACACAUUACAAAAAGUGGUUAUGUCAAAUUUGUCCUAUCAAAACAACGCGGAUCAACCUCGUAUUAUUGAUCAAGUUUGCAGCAUAUAUGACUUCCAAGCUAUACUUAUCAAGGUUCGAAACACUUCCGUAGUCUCGUGUACUGUUUGCCCAAUCAAAUCACUGGAUCGUGCACUUGUGACUACCAAGUAACCAAUCACAUUGCCUUUGGGUAACAGGUUGUGUUCAGAGGCUGCGGAGGAAUGGGAAUUCUCCAUUUUAAGUUUGACGAUCGACUAACCCAAGAAGAUUAGUUUUUGAGUGCGUUGACAAAAAUAAAAAAUGUUUUAAAAAUAUUAUGGUGCUCUAAGCGGUAUUAUUUUAACGACGUUCACUAUAAAGGAAGUUGUGCUGUGGGGCGUGUCCAACAUUAUGGUCAAACAUUUCCCUCUUUUGUAACGUUAGGAAAUUAUUCGAUUCUUUUAACUUAUUUCUUGUACCGGAUCUCGUGAGCUAAUGCUCUAGUGGUUUGGAGAGCCAUUGAGAAAUAGUAAUGUUAUUUAAAGCAAGUUAGGCUGGUAAAACAAUCGCUAUAUAUGCUGGCUGGUUCGCUUGAAGCGCAAAAGUUGCUCAGAUGGCAUGUGGAUCACGUGACCAGUCACUCUCAGGUCGUAGCGGUCCGAGUGUUGCUCGUGAGCGUGCCUAGGCGAAGACGGAUGGACCUGACAUAAACACCGAGAUGGACGUGGGCCGUGUGGACUUCUACAUUGGCCUCUCUCUGGCCGUGUCGUCCAGUGUUUUUAUCGGCGCUAGUUUCAUCCUGAAGAAGAAAGGCCUGCUGCGAUUGGCCAGCAAGGGAUCCACGCGAGCAGGUCAAGGCGGCUAUGCUUACCUGAAAGAAGGGCUGUGGUGGGCGGGGCUCAUUUCAAUGGGAGUCGGAGAGGCCGCCAACUUUGCAGCGUACGCGUUCGCGCCAGCGACACUUGUGACUCCUUUAGGAGCUCUAAGUGUGCUUGUAAGUGCCGUGCUCGCCUCCUAUUUCCUCAACGAGAGGCUGAACGUGCACGGCAAGAUCGGCUGUUUGCUGUGCGUGCUGGGCUCCACCGUCAUGGUGGUCCACGCUCCCCAGGAGGAGGAGGUGGCGUCCCUAAGCGUCAUGGCAGAGAAGCUUAAAGACCCAGGUUUCAUUGUGUUUGCUGUGUGCGUUGUGGGAAGCAGCCUGGUUCUUAUCUUUGCCGUGGCGCCACGCUUUGGACAGAAGAAUGUGCUGGUCUACAUCCUCAUCUGCUCUGUGAUCGGCUCCCUGUCCGUGUCCUGUGUCAAAGGCCUGGGCAUCGGUAUCAAGGAGCUUUUUUCCGGGACGGCCGUGCUGAGGGAGCCCCUCUUCUGGUCCCUGGUGGUGUGCCUGGUGGUGUGUGUCAGCAUACAGAUCAGCUACUUGAACAAAGCCCUGGACAUCUUCAACACCUCCAUCGUCACGCCCAUCUACUACGUCUUCUUCACCACCUCUGUCAUGGCGUGCUCCGCCAUCCUCUUCAAGGAGUGGCUGAGCAUGAGUGCCAACGCGGUGGUGGGCACCAUAAGUGGCUUCCUCACCAUCGUGCUGGGCAUCUUCCUGCUGCAUGCCUUCAAGGACAUCACCUUCAGCUGGGACUCGUUGCCGCUCUACCUGACCAAAGCUCCUCAGGGGCUCCAGUGGAGCUCCCAGCCUUACAUGGCCCUCCCUGGCCAGGAUGGCCUCAUGGGUGAAGAGGGGAAGCCGUCCUGAGUGGGAGACAGAAGGCUCCCUGGUUACAGUAAAACUAUGUUUUGAGCUUUUUAAAUAUCGUUUUCUCAAUUUAACACCUUUCUUGUGAAAACACUGGAUUAUUCACUCCUUGUGUUCCUAUUUCCUCAAAUAUUGUCCUCCACUCUAGUAGAUCAUCUUAAUUGUCCACUUAAAUGCCUUCUUUUCCACAAAAAUAACAGGGGGUGCCACCAAGUACUUUUACUCUUGGUGUGUCCUUCCAGUAAAUGCUGGGUACUUUCGCCUCUGUCCACUGUUUGAGGAAAUCAUGCACUUAAAUGACACUAAGUGCUGUAAUUACUUUUACUAUAGGUGCAUUACAAAAGGUACGCUCUUCGGUUAAGUGCAUAAUUGGAUACUAUUUGAGGAAAUACGGUAAUUAUUCAUAUAUCCAGAUAUUUUUCAUUUCUUUGCAUUCCAUAUUUAAUUAACUAAACCUUGCGCUUCAGCCUACAUUAGUCUUAAUGAACCUGUAGGCAAUUAACAUGUAGGUUUUGCAUGUUCUUAAUCUUUGUCAUCUUAUGCAAUGCAUCAUUCUUGAGCCACUUCAAUCACAACACAACUACAUUUGAUCAAUUCAUCUGAUAAAUGCAUGUUAUACCGCAGCAAAUAUGAAAAGCUACACCAAAGAAAUGAUUUGUCUUACUGUAAGCAAACUUUUGUGAGCAAUAUGUAUAAAUAUUCACACAGGAUCACUUACAACUUGUGUUUAAUGCAUAUGUACAAUCCAACGUAUAGCAGUUAAACAUGCAUCCUCAGUCAUUGCUGUGAUGUUAAAUUAGCCUGUGUGGCAAACUGAAUGUUCCAGUUGAUGCCUCCCAACUGCUUGGAACGUCAAUAGGCAGCCAUGAGGUCAGUGACCUAGCUUCUGUGUCGAGAUGACUUUCCAAACCGGCAGCAUCAGAACAGCAGGAGAACAAAUCAAGGUGCACAUGCUGUUAAUGUGAGGCACUUGUAACAAAUCACUGUUGUUUCUUUUGCAAACAGAUUCGCUUUGCACCAGAGUCAUUCAUUUUAGUCCGCCAUGCUGUCCGAGAAAGACCCUCGACUCCUCUGGGUCUGUUCCAGUCUGUUUAGGAUGAACUGGCUGGUGUCUAUGAAUCUCUCCACGCAGUUGACAAAGCAUGUUUCUGUCCUGGAGUCCAGCUUUGGGCCUGGUUUGUCCAUGCAGUUCUCCUGGGGAGGGGGGAAACACAAGUCAUUAAAUCAGGGGAUGAGUCUGGCACAGGUGGCAUUGUUGAGAAAUACAUCUUAAUUUUAUUUUCUUUUUUUAAAAGUUGAAAUAUUAACAGAAAUCCCACUGAUACUGGUAAGUACUUAACUUAAACAAAAGCUGUUAAUUGAAAUAAUAUAUACCAGUGAUUUUCAAAGUGUGGCACAGUGAGCCUUCCUUGAUUUUGAUUUGGUUUGUUUAUUUGAACAUUUUAUUUCACUUCAGUAUACAUCACUUAUCACAUUUCCACAUGUUCAAAAGGAGUAGGAAGAAGCAGAGCUUAAUCAAUCCUACACGAGAAAAUGAUUAAGCAAUAUAACAAUGUAUUUCAAUGAAACUGAGGUUUGUAAAUCGGUAUGGACAAAUUGCAUGAAGUGCAGGUGCCGUAUGGCUUAGCAUUGUAUUUCCCUGUGGUUCAGGACUCCGCUUCCUUAUACACUAAGUCCCCAACUUACGAACACAAUUGGUUCCAGACGACCGUUCUUAUGUUGAAUCGUUCUUAAGUAGGGGAAAAGGUAACACUACCAAUGAUAUAGGUACUACAUGUACAUGUAUACAUAUACAGUCUAUGUGUAUGUAUGUAAAUAUGAGUUUGGAUGCAGUAGUAAUAUUAAACGAGGAUAAUUAAUGAAAAAAACA